AUGCCAUGGCUUCUCUGGCUUUUGAUUGCUGCACGGAGCGCUUCUCGCUUUCAGGCUGGUGCAUAAAAGCACCAAGUUGUGCAGAGUAAAAGUCUGCCUAUUUGUGUCAUGAUCCAGGGACCAAUUUACCUUUGAACACUAUUCUGCUCCUAGAGCUGUGUGGACUGAUGCACUGCUCCUCUCGAGUUUUUUUUCCCCCCUCUAUUUCAUGUCAGUCAUCUUACCAAAUACCACCACUUUAUACCAGCAGACAAUCCCAGUAAAAUGCUGACAGGUGAGUGCCAUUAAUAUCGAAUGGAUAAAGUAGUAAAAUGAUGACUGUGGCAAGUAAACAUAACUAAAAACGAGGAUGUAAAUAAGGUGCAUUAAAACAUUUCGAUGCUAUGACAGCUAUUACAUUUUGCCAAAAUUCAUAAUCAUGUCACAUUUCUUAAUCCAGUCUAGUCAGUAAAUUUUCUCCAUUAAUCACCAUUUUUGUUUAUUGCACUACCAAUCAAUAACAGCUCUUAAAAGACAGCUUCACAGCAGCGGUCGUCUCCUUUGUCAGAGUCGCUACAGCAACUAACAGAAUCAGUCAGAGAGCUCCUAGCCAAAAAUUCCUACCAAGGAGUUUUAGCUUCAGAGAAGACUUUGAGAGUCUUUGUGAAUAUGGGCCCUGUGCAACAUCUACAAGUCCUAAAAGGACCUCACAAAGAGCUACUUUUAUCUUAGGAUUCUUUGUUUACCACUGGAACUGCUUAAAGGAGGUGAUCUGUGAUGCAGACUCUUACCUACAUUUCUUCACCAGAACAGUCUCAGGGGCUUGGAUUGGGGCUUCUUUGGAGCAAAGGGAAUAACUAAAGUUAUCGAAUCCUCUAACGAGGCCUCACCAGCAGGUGUAUAAUGCUGGGAACUCCACACUACGCAAGCCAUUUUGAAUUGAGAAAAUUCCCUGGAUGGGAAGCAAAACGUCUUCAGCUUCAGAGUAGAAGUCCAAUUUUUAAUUGUUUAAACCUUUUCUCUCUGCUCAUGGUGUGCCUGCUCUGCCAACUUAAUUUUAAAGUUGAAAUGGGUUUAUGCCAAUAUUUCAACUUGAAAAAAUAGGGUUUACUAAGACCUAAAACAAUGCAGUCUUAUUCACAUUUAUGAAAUGUGAAUUUACAACAAACUUCAUAAGGCAAUUUACAAGACAAAUGGGUCUCAGUCUUUACUGUGUGCUGCUCUGUAUGACUGGCGACUGAUACCUUGCCUCCCAGCCACUUUCCAGCAGCAGCAACACAGGAGUUUAAUAAAAGCUUUCUCUUUGUAGUUGUUUCUUUGUCUCAUAAGGGUAUUUGAACACUAUUAUGUGCCGCUCUGUGGAACAAUAUACUACCUAGUUGACUAGGGAGCUGUCUUUCUGGUGGGUGGUGCCUGGUAGGUGACAUUUCUGACUCCAGGGAACCCCGCUGAACCAAAAUUCAUAUUAAGAGUAAAAAUAUAAUUUAGACUGAUUUAGAUUUCAGAACAAGUUUGGGAAACGUAAAUCAAGCGAAACCCUUUAGCUCCCCGUUCUCAACCGGCUUCUGUUCCUCUCCUAAUAUGGCGGAUGGGUUGACCUACGUUUCACUGAUACGUACGUAACAACAGGAGCCAUCAUCAGGCACCAAGCUACACUGCAUUAAAGUGCAUGCGUCGCUCCUGUGUUCCUGCUCCUCUCUGGGAUAAAUCACCAUCUAUAGACAUGUCUGGCAGAGGGAAAACCGGAGGCAAAGCCAGAGCCAAGGCCAAGUCCCGAUCCUCCCGAGCCGGGCUUCAGUUCCCGGUCGGUCGGGUCCACAGGCUACUCCGCAAAGGGAAUUAUGCGGAGCGCGUUGGCGCCGGAGCCCCGGUGUAUCUGGCGGCUGUGUUAGAGUAUCUGACCGCCGAAAUUCUGGAGCUGGCAGGCAACGCAGCGAGGGACAACAAGAAGACCCGGAUCAUCCCCCGCCACCUGCAACUGGCUGUGCGCAACGACGAGGAACUCAACAAGCUGCUGGGAGGUGUGACCAUCGCUCAGGGGGGAGUGCUGCCCAACAUCCAGGCUGUCCUUCUCCCGAAGAAGUCCGAGAAACCGGCCAAAAGCAAAUGAAGGAAAAUAAUAAUGUUGAGCAACCGCUUUUCUGUCAGUGUCCCUUCUUGCUGCCUUUCUAACCUGAGGCAGCGCUGUGAUCUGUGUUGCUGUCUACAGUGAGCAGUCUGUCGCGUCAUUUAAGGUGGAGGCUGAGUGGAACAAUUUUUUAAGCAGUCCCAAACCAUGAUUUUGACAAGCUUUAAUGUAAUGGGCCUGUUGUUUAUCUGUGGUGCUCCCAUUAAAGGGUGUCUGAACUGCU